AUGUAUCUGACCGUGCUGUUGAUGAUGAUCAUGUUGUUGCCGGGUUGCUGCGGUUACGCAGGUGGUGCGCCUUCUGGAACUUGUAAUGCCAUGUCACCAAAGCAUCGCGCUAGUGCUCAAGACAGUGCGUCUUCUUAUACCAUAAUGCCAUCGGCAAAUACGUAUGACUGUGGUGAUACUAUCAAUGUAACUCUCAGUGGAGCAGACUUUAAGGGGUUUCUGUGUCAGGCUCGCUCAAAUGUGAGCAGGUAUUCAACGGUCGGGUCUUUGACCGAUACAGACAACUCGGUAACAACGUCUAACAACUGUGAUGGGGAGGCUGCAUUAACCCAUACCGAGAGUGGAGUUAAGUCGUCCUUCCAGUUCUCCUGGACCCAUAGUGGUGCAUCAACUGAAAACAUCUACAUCGUGUAUGUAUUAUUUUUGGUACAUUUCCGUCUAGUGUUUAGCUGA